AUGAACGCCAUCCAGGACAAGUGCCGGCCUAAGCAUCAGGUCCUGGUGCUCAAGUGCUACCCGAAAACCUCAAAGGGAGCCGUCGACGUGGUUCCCAACAGCAGCGAAUUGAGCUAUCUGCUCUUCUAUGCUACCAGUCGUCGCUCAAAGAUUCAGAAGAUUGGCGCGUUCCUCGAGAAGAAGACGGCAAACGAUGUUUGGCGCAUGCGGAUUGGGAAUGUCCAGGUCACACUCGGCAUCUUGGCCGCCAUCGUCGAAAAAUCACCAAAGGAUGCUGUCCUUAUCGCGCCGUGCGUCCUCAAAGUCCUCGAGUUGAUUCUUCGAUCCGACGAUAUCACAAUGGUCGAGUCGUCGCUGCCUACCUUUGAAGCUUUCUGUCAACACCAUGACCUCUCGUCCUUGUUCGGCGACAGUGCCUACCUGCAGCAGUAUCAGUCUGUUGUGCAAUCUUACGCUCAACUGGCCUCGACCAGACACGUACCCGCAAAGGGACCCGUCAGCAAGCCUCUUCAGUUCCGAUGGAGAAACGCUGGCCUGGAAGCCAUCAAGCACGUGGCGGGCUCAGACGCGCUCUCCUCCGUAUCUGGCCGUCAGAUCGACGUGAUUGUGCCAAUGAUUCUUGAAAACAUGUGGAGCGCAGAUGACCGCAUCUUCGAUACUUUGCUCGAGCGUGUGCAGAUGGAAGGCAAGCCCGUUUCUGACAAACGCCUACACCGUCGCUCGAGCAUCGCCGCGGAGAAGGCGGCAGAAACAUCGGGCGACACGAAUCCCCUAGCGCUCUCCGGCACUGCGGUAGAUGUUGACAACCUUGCCGAGGAGGACACGGGGGUUUCUGCCACACAGUGCUUGAAGAGCAUCUUUGUCAUUCCUAACAGGGCUCAGAUAUACGGAGCUACCAACGCGCUGCUAAAGUUCAUCUCGAAGCGGGUUGCCGAGGGAGAGACACUGCUCACCACCGACAAAACCUCGGGAAGCGACUUGGGCUGGGCCAUCAAAGUCUACGACAUCAUUGCCCGCUGGGCCCCCGUGCAGGACAGAUACGUCAUCUUGCUGGCGACCAUGGACGUGUUGAACCAGACGCCGAUGCGGGAAGAAAGCUUGCAGCGACACUUGACUUUCACCGCCAUGAUGCAGUCGCUCCUCCGCUCCGAUGUCAACCUGAUUGGCUUGAGUGUCAUGGACGUUCUCCUCGGGCUCGUCAGGCAGAUUAAGAAGCUGUUCCACUUGCAGCACAAAGGCUCUAGUCACGACAGCAGCCAGAGCGAUGAGCGGACCGAUACCGAGCAAGAAACGACGCCUUCGCGGUCGCAGUGCGCUGAACUCCUCGAGAGGCUCGAAUGCUGCUCCAGCGACCUCGCCAACCACGUGUACUAUGCCGACCAGGUUUCCGACAUGAUUGCGGCGCUGUUCGGCCGCAUACGGCACAGCCGGUCGACCAGCAUUGCCUCGCUGGCUGGCGCCGCCGCCGCUGCGGAAAGAGGAGAAGAUCAUCAUGGCGCAGAAGGCACUGCAGCACCGCCAUAUGCAGCCGACCUGUCGCGCAGUCAGUCUUUGCAAGAAACCUACUUCUCCCAUUCCAACGGCCGACAGUCUGCUCUGAAGAUCAUCAAGUCUAUCCUGUUGACUGCGAGCCCCAAGAAUGGUCUGGGCAACAACAGCAACAACAAAAACAACAACAACAACAACAUGGGCUUGAGCAGGAAUCGUGUUCCGAUUCAAGCUUGGGAGGGUACGCAGUGGCUCCUGCGUGACCCCAUCGGAGACGUACGCAGAGCCUAUGUGGACGCUUUGACGACGUGGCUGGACCGCGAAAUGGCGCGCGUGGAUCUGAUUGCCACCGACGACUUCCUGACCGUCUCACAGGGCCCGGGCCCCGGCAAGGCGGGCCGCGAGGUUCCGGGCGCGAGGAGAGUGGCCUCGAGCACCUGCAAUCGCGAGCGCCAGCAGAGAGCGCGCCGCUGCCAGUUCCUACCCCUUCUUCAUCUUGCCAUAUACGACAGCGCCUUGCAGUUUGUGGACUACGACAAUGACAUGAUACUGCUCCAUGGCCUGCUCAGCAAGCUCGUGUUCAAACUGGGUGUCAACGCAGCCCGGUACGGCAUUCCCAUGGUUUACCGGCUGCAGGAGGACAUCCAGGUGCUGGAGCAGCCGAUUCACAAAGUGCGCAUCGCCUCACUGUGCCACGGAUACUUCUGGGCUCUCGCUGAGAAAUUCGACUUUGAGGCAUCAGUGGUUGGGCGGGCAAUCUACAACGAAAUCUCGAGGAGGAAGAACAAGGGCUUCUGGGUCCAAGGCGUGCACAUCCCGGCCCCCACCCCGAUGCAAGUCGGGCCACCGGGUGUAGCCAGGCCACACCUGCAGUGGAAUCUCGGCUCUCUGGAGACGGAGGAAAUCUUGCCUUUUGACGAUCGGUCGUCGUUGGUCGAGUGCAUCGCCGCUAGCUACCGAGAGACGAAUCUGUCACCUCCGACGAGCCCUGCAGCCUCCCCGAACCGGACUCAAAACGGGCCCGUUCUAGGCUUCAAUACCGGCGCGAUCCCGACGACUCGCGACGGCGCACGUGAACGCGAAUGCGAACGUGAAGAACUCCCCCAUCAGUUCAGGGAAAACAUGCUGUCGGAAUGGUGCAGGGAAUCUGCCUUGGCUGCCAUCACGGCGGCCGGAAAGGCCGAGUCUGUGAGCGGGUCCAAGGCGGGGACUACGGGUACGAGAGAGAACCGCCUCACCAUCAACACGGGUACUGCAGGCCCGAACGGGAGCAGCAACGGGUUCUGGUUUGGCUCGCCCAUCGAAAGCCAGCAAAACGCGCGGCCGCAAACGGUACAAACCCAUGGCGGUGGUGGGCUGACGCCGGUGUCCAAGCUGCGCAACGCAAGCAUGUUUGGCAGACUGCCGCCAUCAGAUUCGGUGACGAGUAGGAUGGGCGUCGUCGCAUCUGUGGAGCAGCUGAAGACGGUGCUCUCAGGCAGAGUGUCCCGGGAGAGUGCUGCCGGGAUAGCGGGCGCUGAGGACGGCAGUGACGAGAGCAUGACGAGUUGCGAAUAUAGCAUGUCCGACGACACCACCAGCUUUAACCCAGCCGCGUCCUCGACAGAGGCUCCCACCACCGCCGCCGGCGUGGGGGAGGCUCUCGCGAGGUCAGUCUCGGCGUCGGCCUCUGUCCGGGGGCCAGUCUGUUCCAACACGAGCACAAGCGCACACGAGGGUGGAUCCUGCGCUGCCCAAACCUUUUAUGGCGGCAACAACGAUGAAGUGCCACCCGUGCCACCUCUGCCCAACCUGAGCACGCUGUCGAGCAGAGUCGGAACGCAGCCGAGCGAGUUUUCCGGCGCCAAGCGCAACUGGAGCGGUCAUGCUGUAGGAGGGGAGAGUUUCCAGUCGACAUGUAUGCACUUUCGCCAAGAAAGUAGCAAAAGCAUGGACUUGCAGGAGCUUCUGAGAGGCAUAGAUAGCCGAUGGGGGGAGGGAAGCUUGGGCAACUCGGCGAAACCGCCAUAUUAG